ACAUUGAUUCUGAAAUUAUUAAUUUGACUGAAGCUGAUUUCCUCCUGGCGCCCGGUGACCGCUGUAAGUCGCUGUUGCUGUGAUUGUCCUCUAGAUGGCAGUAGUACACAGCACACUGAUAGCGGAGGCGCUGGAGGAAAAGCUCAGAACAAGCAACAUUAAACUCGUGUUGAAGAUGAGAAGAAACAAAGAGGCUACACUUCAGCUUUUAUCAACUCUAGAGAGAUUAUUUAGCAAACACGACACAACUCCUGCCUUUCUUCAUUAUAUCCUGGCUCUUGACUGUCAAUUCCUCUGUGAAAGCGAUCAGGAAUAGCGGACUUUUACCGUGUUCAUAUGUAAACAGACCUGAUGGAGGACACACACCGUCACAAGAAAAUGAGUGAAAAAACUGACUCACUGAAGAGAAAAGACAAAGAAUGUGUGACCUGCACUCAGUGUGGAAAGAGUCUUGCACACAACCAGAGUCUCAGGAAACACAUGAGGAUCCACACUGGAGAGAAACCAUGCACAUGCACUCAGUGUGGGAAGAGUUUCAGAGAAUCAUCAACCCUUAAUGUUCACAUGCUGAUCCACACUGGAGAGAAAACACACAAGUGUGAUCAGUGCUGCAAAACAUUUCUGAGGGCUGCAGACCUGAAGGGCCACCUUAGAGUUCAUUCAAAGGAGAAGCUUUAUCCGUGUUCUGUGUGUGAAAAGAGUUUCAGACAUCAACGUAGUUUAAGAAAUCAUCAGAAGAUCCACACCGGUGUGGGAGAGUACAAGUGCUUUGAGUGUGAGAAGACCUUUUGUGCAGCUGGAAAUUUGAAAAUACAUGAGAGAAUUCACACUGCAGAGAAACCUUACAUUUGUUCACUGUGCAAUAAGAGAUUCAGUCAGCUUGCACAUAUGAAAACACAUGCGACUGUUCACACUGGAGAGAAACCUUACAAGUGUUCACACUGUGAGAAGAGAUUCAGGCGUUCAGGAGAAGUGAGACAACAUGAGAGGACUCACACUGGAGAGAAACCUUACAAGUGUUCACUGUGCAAUAAGAGAUUCAGUCAGAUUGCACAAAAGACAAUACAUGAGAGGAUUCACACUGGAGAGAAACCGUACACGUGUUCAUACUGUGAUAAGAGAUUUAAGGAUUCAGGAAAUCUGAGACAACAUGAAAGGAUUCACACUGGAGAGAAACCUUACAAGUGUUCACACUGCGACACGAGAUUCAGACAGUUAGGAGGCCUGAAAAUACAUGAGAGGAUUCACACCAGAGAGAAACUGUACGUUCACACUGAAAGUGGCGAGAGCGUCAAAGUAGGCGGAAGUCAAUGAGAGCCGGCGGCGCGGAGCAGGGCGGCGCGUCUUGGCUGGUGUGGGCAUCGAGGAGAGUUGAAAUCAAGUCAGCUUUAUGGUAAUAAGCUAUGACGCGGUUCGGUGGCAACCAAUCAGAAUGUAGAAGUCCACCGCUUGAGAGGAGUCCAGAGAACACAGUCACUGUGAACUUUGGUUCUGGCCACAGUUGUUCCCAAGGGUUUGAUUAUUGCAAUCAUCGGAUUUCUAAUUAUUUACAAUGUUUUCUUACAGGAACAUUUAAAAAGGUACUGGCGAAUUACUGAUGUACAUUAAUUGUUUUUUUUUUUCUUUAAAAAAGUGGGAAACUCAUGCGACAAUACAAAACAGUGCUGCUGCAUCAGGAUAUUACAGACAUAUGGACACAUAGUGGAUGAGUGGAGCAAAGCCAGACCACAAGCAACUUGAUCUUCCGUAGUUAAAUGAGUUUGAGAAUAAGAGCUGAAGGCAGACCGCGUUGUCACCAGGGUAGUCCACAGUGUUUUUUUAAAGGUUUGAUGGUGUUUAUGGGGUGCAAAACAAUGUGUGUUCAUGAUUCGUCUAUAAAAACUCUCGAGACAACCUGAGCUCAAACUGCCCUCUUGCCCUGCAAAGGGAGGGACCCUGUGCUCAAGGAUCUUAUAAGCUCAGGGCUUUCACCCAGGACAGCAUGACAAACAAGCUUUAUAAUCAGUCAUCAGCUAAGUGUGAACUCUUGAAUGUGUUGUGAUUGGCGGGUCGGCUACACAUCACCAGGAAACGUCAUGCCUCUCCUGCAUGCUGUCUGUUAAUAAUGUCAGUGAAGACGUAUCAGUUUGAGUCAGACACAGAAAUGAAGAGGACACAGCUGAAGCCAUGCAAACGCGACUCUUGCAAGAUGUUUCUGAAUGGUGUUUUUGUUUUGUUCAUUGGUAUGAGGAGGAAUGUGGUCAAGCCGUCCGCAUUUGAUAGAAAUAGUUAAAGCAGAUCAAACAGACAGAGUAACUCUUUCUAAAUUACAGAUUUGCUCAGUUAUUUGUCCUAGCCCACUCAGUACAGUGUAUUUACUAUUGCAUGCAGUUUUAUAUAAUGUGGUUUAACCUUGUGAGCGACAGUAGGAAACAAAUUAAAGAAACAUUCAAAUA